CACACAUUUAGUGAUUGUCUGCCGGUCUCGUACUUGUUGAUUUUUCAUUAUUUCGCUUUAAAAAUAGUUACAUGCUUUCGAUUAAUCAUAAAUGCUAUUCUUAAAGUGUUAACAACUACAAAAAGUGAAUGAAGUUUUUAAAUUAACAGUUUUAAAGUGAAUAACUGCUUCGAUUUCUUUGUCACAAGUCGUCCUUUAAAGUCAUUAGAAUAAGUUUUCCUAAUAUAAGAAUUUAAUAUUCGAUGAAACAAGUGAAUGGGAGGAAUCUGCGAAUUUCACCACAAUCCACAAAAGCAUAUAAGGUUGGCAAAGGUUUUUCCAAAAGCUGGUGCUGUACAUACCUUAGGUCCAGCUAUAAAUUUCCAAGAUGAUUCAAAAUCACUGCGACAAUAGUGGUAGUAGCAACACCACUGUAAGCCCGAUUAAGAUUACAACUCUAUCAGAUACUACGAUAAAUAUGAGGACUAAGGAACAACGGGAGAUUGUGGAAGAUAAUAAGUAUAUAACAUUGCAAUUUCAUUCACAAGAAUUGCAACAGUUUUUAACCCAAUCUCGAGUGCAUAGUAGUUAUGGUAUUACAACCAACCAACUUGACAUUUUCACUUCGGAAGCUAAUUCGGGAUAUGAGCAGUUGAGUGAAUUGGAAAAUAUGAAACCUUUGCCAUUAACACCAGAAAAUUAUCCUAAUAGUGUUAUAACCAACGAAUAUUCUUGUAGCUCAAAUCAAACUAACAAGGACACAACCAUGACGGAUAUCGUUCAAGUUUCCGAUGCAUCCAAUCCUCCAGACGAGCUCAACAAAGAGGAGGAUAUUAUACCAAGUGAUGAGCCUUAUCAAUAUCUACAAGAACUUAAUUCGGAUAAUCUUAUGCAGUUCAGCCAGCAAUCGGCCAUACAGGAGUUAAUCCUGAAACAGCAAUUGGAUGCUAAACCGAAUUUGGACAUUUUACCUACAUUCGAGGAGCACGAUAUUGGCGGCUACAAAUUCAACGUGCAAAUUGGUAGUAACACUCAAGCCAAGAAGAGUUGGAUGUACUCGCCCAAUCGCAAGAAGCUCUAUAUACGUAUGAAUGAGAUCCUUUCAUUGGAAGCUGUGUACGUGCCUAAGCUGCCGCUACAACAGCUCCGCGUACGUGUGCUCAUGAGCUUUAAGAAUGAAGUGAGUGAGCCAGUGGUGCGUUGUCAAAAUCAUCUCAGCAAGGAUACUGAGUCACAUCAGAAGCGCCGUCACAGCUUGCUGCGCUGUGAAAAUCCUACGGCUGAGUAUUGCGGCACAGCUGAUGGCAAAAGCAUUAAUGAUCGUUACUCGAUCUUAAUACCGCUGGGUCUCAGCGCCAUGCCAAAGAAUGACAGUUCCAUUUCGCAAACGAUCGCCAUCAAGUUCACUUGUCAGAAUUCCUGCAUCGGACGCCGAGAGACAAGCAUACUUUUUCUACUAGAGGGCAUGAGUGGUGAAAUACUUUCACAACGUGUGCUGGAUGUCAAGAUUUGUAGCUGCCCCAAACGAGACUUCGAAACCGAUGAGCGCAACAGCACAGUUCCAUCCAAGCGUAAAUCGAGCGGAGAAAUGCCAAGUCGCGCGACGAAACUUAUGAAAAGCGCCAAUGACAGCAGCAAACAUGCAAAAGCUUUAAAGGAUGAGGACACCAGCAGUGAUUUGGAGAACAGUGAUAGCGGCAUUAGUAUUGCGCGCGAUGUAGACUUGCAACCAACGCCAAGCGGAGGCUAUCGCCUUGUCAUUGAACUCGAUAAGGAAAUGAUGCAGAAAGCUAUCGAAAACAUAAGUCAAGGGGUUGCGCUGAAGAUUUUCAACGAACCGCAACAGGCUAAGCAUUAUAAUAAAAUGUGUCGACAGCUAAGUCGAUAUAGAGAAAAAUUGCAGAGAAAAUAAUUGUGAUCUUAAUUCGUUGCGUAAAAAUGCCUUUACUAUGUAAAUAGUUAGUUAUAAGUAAAGUGAGGUUAUGUCUACGUCUAGCGUUGUACUUAGUUUGUGAGUCUACGUCUAGAUUUGUACUUAGUUUGUACGGUUUCGUUGUAAGAAUUUGUUGCGUCCAUGUUUUUUCAUGUACCCAGCUAGUAGCGUGUAUGCAUUUAUUUCUCUGUGAAACAUUUGGCACUACGCGUCUACACGCUAUUCUUUCUUAUUUUGCCUUUGUUAAUUGUAUGUAAUUUUGGUCUUUCGGUAAUAUUUCAAUUCCAGCUUUGAAAUGUUCUGUUUAAGCGCUUUAAUGUACAUACAUAUGUAAGUUUUAAGUGAUACUAUUUUUUUUGUUGCUAAAAUACAUAUUAGUCUUUAUUUUUUGAGUAUUUCUCAUUCUUAUAUUUUAAUGCGAAUUAAACUUUAACUGUGAAUGAUCAAUUAAUUUUUUUAACAAUAAUAAACAAAAAUAUAUGAGUUGCCACUCGUCUUAAAAUCACGUUUGAUAAUAAUA